AUGCCAUUAGUUCCCAUUCAGAGGGCUAACUUCUACCAAUUUUUAUCAUCUAUUACAGCUCGCGCCAGCGCCGAAGACCCGCCGGUUUCAGUUCCUUCAUCCACAAAAACCCUUGCCGGCUCGCGGACCGCUUCACAGUCCAAAUUACAGCAAAUUUCAUCUAGCCUGGGAAACCUGUUUGCUUGGGGAAAGCGAUCCCGACGACGCGUAGGCGGCUACUCUUCACAGGAUAACGUUGCCGUUGCCGAUGCAGCGGAGAACGAGGUUGCUGAUCGCGAGGUAGAUGGCACUUCCGUUCAUGACAACAACGAGGACCCUGUGGUCUUUAGCCUCUCCAACAAUGCCGACGCAGAAGGAGGUGCGGGACCCUCUGCUGUUGCCGAGUCUGAAACAGAUCAUGCACGCCAUUCUACAAACCUCAUGGAGGGUUACUCGAACUUACAUGCUCAGACGAGAGCCACUACUGGGUACACCCGUCUUGCAAAUGGUCGACCUCUCAGUGUCGUGGCGGAGUCGUCACAGGCCUCGCAGGCGAGUGAUUCAAGGCGUCAGGGCCCUAUAAUCGGUGGCAUACCGUACCUCGGUCCCUCUGCAACGACAAUCAGUUCGCCUCAUCGUGUUACUCCCCUUGCAGAUAGUGGGAUGCGAGGGAGUGCCCGUGGCCCUCCCGCUGACCGUCCCCCGUCAAAUACCCCGGAUGGUAAGUAUAGGCCCUCUUUACCUUUCGAUAACUCUUUAUUCUCGACUUUUCCAUGA